AUGGGCAAUCAAGAACAUAAUCAAGGUGGAGGAGAGGAACCAACUGAAAAAGAAGGAGGAAAUGAGGAUGACAAUGAUGACGGUGAAGAAGAUAGGGAAGAUGGAGAUAAGGAUGGAGAUAAUGAUGAAUCAGAGGAUGACUUGGAUGAAGAGGAAGACGAAGAGGAAGAAGAACAAGUAGAAAUAGUGGGAAAGAGACCUAGAAAGACGCCUAAAAAGCCUUACGAGGAGGAUGUUGAGAUAAUUGAUUUCUCACCUGUUGCGGCUUAUAAUGGACCGUUGUUUCAUCCUGGAGGUUGUACAAUGUAUAAUCCUCGAAAAGUAUUGAGACAACUUUCUUGUAUCCAAAGUGUCCCACAAGUGGAAGACUUCAACUUCAAGGUGAAGAAGCAGGGAACUAAGAACACCGAGAAGAAUUUCUUCCCCAAAUAUGAUCCUGCUCCAUCAGUGGACCACUGGAGGAACUUUGGGAAUUAUCUUGUUCCAGUCGAAGAGUUGCAAGAUUUAUUUGAUGAGCCAAAUGCCGCUGACGAGGGAUAUAUGGAAUGGUAUGAACAUUUUUCUCAUCCUCGUGUAAUAAACAGUGUCCAACAAGCCCGUGCUGAUAAAGGAAAAGCGAAGGAAAUGGAGAAGGAGGCUUAG